AAUCGACUGCAGCUGGCCAAGUGCCUCCUCUGGAGGAGUAAACUAUGCGUUACUCCUCGUCAACAGCAAGAACAAAUUACCUGGAAACGUAUGGAUAUCUGAAUGAGGACUUGACGAGAGGGAAAGAAUGAUGGAUAACGAUGAAGGAAAGCGUCCCCCAUCGUUCAGUUCUGUCUAAAUCAGAGGGAGCUCGUUUUCAUAACAUCUAGCUGGGUGGAGAAACUGUUGAAAAUGAAGUUUGGAAAGAGCAUUUGCAUUCUAAACGUGGGUGGCACCAAAUACGCGUUCCCAAGGGACGUGAUAAAGGAUUUUCCUCUCAGAAGGGUGAGUCGUCUGCACAACUGUGCCUCUGAGAAAGAAGUGCUGGAAGUCUGCGAUGACUACGACCGGGAGAGGAAUGAGUUCUUCUUCGACCGGCACUCUGAAGCUUUCGGCUUCAUCAUGCUGUACGUUAAGUAUGGCAAACUCAGAUUUGUCCCGCAAAUGUGCGAGCUGUCCUUCUACAACGAGAUGAUCUACUGGGGUCUGGAGAGUUCGCACCUGGAGUUCUGCUGCCAGCGGCGGUUGGACGACAGGAUGUCGGACACCUACACCUACUUCUCGGAGGAGGACACCAAAGCUGAAGAGGAAUUGAGAGGCGAGGAUGUCCUGGGGAACCCCGCCGGCGGUGGAAGAGGAAGCGCUAAGUGGCUAGAGAGAAUGCGAAGGACUUUCGAGGAGCCGACCUCGUCUAUCGCUGCACAGAUUCUGGCAUCAGUCUCCGUUAUUUUCGUAAUAGUGUCCAUGGUAAUACUUUGCGCGAGCACUCUGCCAGACUGGAAAACUGCCGAGAACAACAGCGUGGAGGAGCACAGGUACACAGAGAGUUUAGAGCAUCCAUCAGGGAUCAUUGAGGCUGUCUGCAUCGGCUGGUUCACGGCGGAGUGCAUCGUGCGUUUCAUCGUGUCCAAGGACAAGUGCGAGUUCGUGCGGCGGCCGCUCAACAUCAUCGACCUGCUGGCCAUCACACCGUACUACGUGUCGGUGCUGAUGACGGUGCUGACAGGCGAGAACUCGCAGCUGCAACGGGCGGGCGUCACGCUGCGCGUGCUGCGCAUGAUGCGCAUCUUCUGGGUCAUCAAGCUGGCCCGCCACUUCCUGGGCCUGCAGACGCUGGGCCUGACACUCAAGCGCUGCUACCGCGAGAUGGUGAUGCUGCUGGUGUUCAUCUGCGUGGCCAUGGCCAUAUUCGGCGCGCUGGCACAGCUGCUGGAGCACGGCCUGGACCUGGAGAUGGGCAACGAGGACUACGCCAGCAUCCCGGCCGCCUGCUGGUGGGUUAUUAUCUCCAUGACGACUGUCGGCUAUGGAGACAUGUACCCCAUCACCAUGCCCGGGCGCGUGCUGGGAGGCCUGUGCGUGGUGAGCGGCAUCGUCCUCCUGGCGCUGCCCAUCACCUUCAUCUACCACAGCUUCGUGCAGUGCUACCAGGAGCUCAAGUUCCGCUCGGCCCGCUGCACCCGCAGCCUGUCAGCCGAGUUCCUCAACUGAAAACAUCCCCUCGUCCCCUCCCUGGGCCUGUUUCCAUCCCCCUCGCGUCCAGACCCGUGUCUCUCUAGUCAUCUAUUUAUGUUAAAUGUAGCCUCUUCAGCUGUAAAAUCUUACAAUAGUUGUCACACAGUUUUGAUUUUUCUGUCAUGUCCUCUCAAAGCAUCUUUUUUGCUCACAGGGUUGAAUGAAGUCAAGUUGUAAAAUGUGCGUUCAGGUCUCUUGCUCCACUUUAGCCAGUUGUGAUAUCCCAGGAUGGGAAUGGAGCAGUAAUGGUUGUCAUGGUGAAACGACAGCCAUCGGGGAGAGGCUCCUGAGAAGGUCUCGCUGUAGGAGAGCGGCUUACGCAGAUCGAGAGAGGACCUUCAAAGACGCGCAGUACGGGAUGCCCGGUUCCCACAGAGCGAACAGAGUCUCUAUCUCACGGCCUUAGAGUGGAUGUCUCAUCUACAAAUGGCAGCCAGCCACGGGGAUUCAAUUCUGAAUGCCAUGUUCAUGUCCACACUGCUGGCAUCUGUUGCAGACAAGCAUCAUUUAUCGCUCCACCCAGAGACUCUUUUUCUAUCUCGUUUCCUGGGCUCAUGCUCAUGAUUAAUGUCACCGAACAGCAGUAAACCAUCAUAAUGAGGACCUACAUGAUGUACCUUGAUGAAAUAUAUUCUGUCUUCUCCACACACAUGGGUAAAGUGCAGGGAAAUGUGGAAUCACCACAGAAAUUCCUAUUUUACAAGAUGUGGGGAAAGAUUUUUACAAUUCACUGUGUGACCUUUAGGAAAAGGGGAAAAUAGUUCUAGAGAGGCGUGCAGCCUAAAAUGUACCAAAUUAAUUGUAUCUUACACUUCCAAGAUAUUUUACUGGCAUAUUUACAUCCAAGGUGACAAGAGCAAGCUGCCGUCACUACUUUCUGGUGUGUAUCUGAAGGAGACACUCACAGUAGAAAAGUGUUUGUUUUUAGAUGAUCUGAUUCUAGAUGUUCCGUGUGUCAUCAAAAUGUCACAGAGAAAAAAAACAGGCCAGAAAUGGCCAGCCUCUGGCAUUACAUGACAAGACUCUCAUCCGGUAAACAUUUUAAUUAUGAAUUCAGUUCAAUUUGGCUUUGAGAAUUCCCCACGGGCAGAUAGAAAGAGAGAGAGAGCAAGAGAGAGAGAGAGUGAGAUAGAGAGAGAGAGCAGGUCUGUGGGCUGUGUAGGCAGGUCUGGAAUGUGGAACACGAUGUGCCACGGAGUGAGAGCGCGUCAUGGAGGGGUGGAUGGCAUGGCUGACGCCGUGCAGCGAAAGGCAGAGAUUAUCCGCCCGCUGUCCUCGCCUCACUCGAGGCCGCUGCGGGUCUUUUGGGGAACGGAGGCGGCCACAAAGCCCGCCGCCCUCCGAAGCAUGCGCGCACGCACC